CCAUGUGAAAAGAAUAUGUUCAAGGCAGGCACCGACACUUCCACAAUUAUUGUUGAGUGGGCACUUGCGGAAAUGCUAAAGAACCCUACCAUAUUCAAGCGCAUGCAGUCAGAGAUGGAUACAGUUAUUGGUCAAAAUAGAUUAUUAGAAGAGUCUGACAUUCUCAAUCUCCCUUACCUCCAAGCUGUUGUCAAGGAAGCACUCAGAUUACAUCCAUCCACACCACUUAGCCUACCACAUUACUCAUUUGAGUCAUGUGAAAUCAAUGGUUAUCACAUCCCUGCAAACACUCGUCUUAAUACCAAUGUUUGGGCCAUUGGUAGAGACCCAGAUGCAUGGGACAAUCCAUUGGAGUUUGAUCCAGAUAGGUUUCUACCUGGUGGUAAAGCUUAUAAUAUAGAACCUCAUGGCAAUGAUUUUGAAUUUAUACCUUUUGGAGCUGGAAGAAGGAUAUGCCCAGGGAAACAAAUUGGUAUUUUGUUUUUGCAGUAUCUUUUAGGUGCAGUUGUGCAUGGGUUUGAUUGGAGGUUGCAAGAUGGUGAGGUAAUUGAUAUGAAGGAAACACCUGGUUUGGUGAUGCCCAAAACUAUCCCCAUUAAAGCAUUUGUAACUCCUCGUCUUGCAUCCACUACUUAUCUCUAUGAUUGA